GGACCGGACCGGACCGGACCACUCGAGCGAUCCAGUCUCCAAAUUUCAACAAAUACUCAAGCCGAAGACUUGUUUGUUGAAAUGAUUGAGAGAGAAAAUAGAGAGACAUGGCUUAUGCUGCAUUGAUUUCUCUAAAGCAUACGAUUCAGCGCUUUACAGAUCUGCCAAUCACAAAAUCACCAUAUGAGGAGCUGAUACUGUUAGAGUCCACCCUCAGAAAACUGGAUGAUAACUGCAACAGCAACAUUAAUAGGCGUGCGAUUAAUGAAUUGGAUGCUCAAAUAAGAGAUGCAGCUUGUAAACUAGAAGUUGCGCUUGAAUCUUAUCACAGCGACAGCGUCGAGGCUCGCCUUCAGAUACCCCUGGUUGACUUGAAGGGCGUGGAGCAAGAGAUCCUUUCGUUUGUGAAGAGCGCGAAGAAUUUGGGAGAUAAUUACAACAGAGUCCUAGAUAUCCCGUUGCCUAUUGAAGAAGAAGACAACGCCGUUCUGCCAAAAGAAGAUGUUGAUUGCAAAGAGUCAACGACUGUCUAUUUAUCCGACCAACUCGAAAAAAUCAUCAUUGAGUUUCUUGAUUUGCAGUCGAGGCUCAAAAUCGUGUCCAUAUUUGGAAUGGCUGGCAUUGGGAAGACUCAUCUUGCUAGCAAAAUUUAUGAGGAUGGAAGAAUUACUGGAGAAUACGAUGUACGAGUAUGGGCAAGCAUAGGUCCAAAAUUUUAUAUCAAGAAGAUUUUGGCGGACAUCGCUGCUCAAGUUAUUGGUAAUAAUCCUAGAAAUGUAUACAUGGAAGAAGAUAAGAAUACAUUAGCCGAUCUCGUAUAUAAAAAAUUGUCCGGUCAGAGGUAUUUCAUUGUCUUGGAUGAUAUAUGGAGCACGGGUGCCUGGGAUCACUUGAAGAGUCUCUUUCCAAUCGAGCAAAAUGGUAGUCGAAUCUUGCUGACAACGAGGCUAGAGGAAGUAGCUAAAUAUCCCACUUCAUCUAGCAACGUUUACCAGUUGCGUUUUUUGAACAAUGAAGAGAGUUGGGAGUUGCUUUGGAAGAAUGUCUUUGAUAAUGGAUGUUUCCCUGAUGAGCUCGAGGAAGCUGGAAGGAAGAUUGCGGAGAAUUGUGAAGGUCUUCCUCUUCUCAUCCUCGCAGUGGCCAGAAUCCUUCGUGGCCAUGACAAGACAGAGCAGUUCUGGAACGAGGUAGUAAACAAAAAAACUCCUGUUUUUCUGGAUGCAUAUGAUAGCAUUUCAAAGCAGCUAUUACUGAGCUAUGAGUACUUGCCCCAAUAUUUGAAAGCAUGUUUUCUAUAUAUAGCUGUUUUCCCACAAUAUUUCAAAGUUCAUGUUGCCAAGCUCAUUAACUUGUGGGCUGUAGAGGAUUUUAUUGAACCGUCUCAAAAUUUAGAAGAUUUUGCUAAGGAAUGUCUCAAGAGGCUUGUCUCCCUAAGUCUUAUUAUCAUCUGCAGUCAGAGUAUUAGCUACGGAAUCAAAUCUUGCAAGCUCCACUCUGCGUAUUGGCACGUGGCUGUUAAAGAAGCUAGGAAGACCAUGUUUUUCCAUGUCUUAAAUAAGGGGGAAGAUGGGAAUCAUGUCGAAAACCACCGUCGCUUGUGCGUCCAAAAUAACAUUUUGUUUGCCAUAAAAGAAGUGUGUGGCUCUAUGGCAGCCACUUGGAAAACUCGUUCUCUCUUGUGUACCGGUGAAGAUCAUCAAUAUCAAGUUCCGGUGUGUUUGAAUUUGAUGUUGCUCAAGGUGUUGGAUGCUCUUACAAUCCGUUACUAUGAGUUCCCAACAGAGGUGCUGAAACUGAUCGAGUUACGGUACCUUGCCCUGACAGUGCAUGGGGAACUCCCUCCUUUUUUAUCCAAUCUUCAGAACAUUCAGAACUUGAUUGUCCGUCGCUAUCAUAAUAUCAAGGUGCUAACAAAUUCCAGUCGAUUUCCUGAGGAGAAAGACUCUGUGCAAGAACAUCAGAGCAUCCAACCCUCUAGAAAUUUCACGGGUUUGCCAAUGGAGAUCUGGGAUAUGCAAGAACUGAGGCAUCUUUGGAUCAUGGGAAGCAAACUACCAGAUCCAAGUGACGGGGCAAAGCUACAAAACCUCUUGACAUUCCAUGCUGAUGCUCAUUGUUGUACCAAGGAUGUUUUCAGAGGCAUCUCUAAACUGAAGAAACUUAGAAUGAAAAUCGAGUUAGAGCCUGAUGCUGUUGAAACCUUGAAUUGCUUAGAGCAUAUCUCCAUUCUCGAUGAAUUGGAGUCACUUAAAUGUGUUGUUGCAAAUCCUCAACUAAGGUCUCAAGUUGAGCUCUCAUAUUUGCCUCAAUGUCUAAAAAAGUUGAGCUUGAAUGGCUUAGGAUAUUGUUGGGAGUCCAUGAGUGUAAUUGGUUCGUUGCCACAACUUGAAGUGCUCAAGGUGCAAUGCUCUGCCUUUCAAGGUCCAGAAUGGAAAACAAAAGUUGAAGAAUUCCCAAGACUCGAAUUUCUGUUACUUGAAGAUAUUGAUCUGGUGCACUGGAGGACUGAUGAUGAUGAUGAGUGGCUGCCGUGUCUGCAGCGCCUAAUCAUUCGGAACUGCUACAAAUUGAAGGUGAUACCUUCUCAAGUUGGAUAUAUUGAUGUUUUGAAAACGAUAGAGGUAGUUGACUGCAGCCCUUCACUUGUGGCUUCUGCCCUGCAAAUAAAAGAGAAAGAAGAGGAAUAUGGAAAUUUUUAUCUUCAAGUUAUGAUCAGUUCAUCAUGGAAACUUUGAACACUGCCUGGUCAGCAAAAUGGCUGCCAGAUCCUUGAAAGAUAUUGUGCAGUAAACAAGACAAAGUAAUGUGAACCAUUCUUCAACAACCGCCAACGCCAAGAGUCAUUUUCAGUCUCAUGAUGAUGAUUUUCUGAAAGAAGAGAAGUUUGUAUUAGUUGCACUCUCUAUGGUGGAAUGUCUUCCCCCCCCCCCCCCUUCCUUAUCAAUUUAUCGCAUCUUAUUUGUAUGUGUUUCUAAGAAGUGUACGUGUGUUAUGUUUGUGAAAUUGUAAUAGACCACUUCUCUUGAAUGUCAGAUAUCGCUUUGGUUUUAUGAUCA